CGGAAUCUUUCCGGGUAAUCAGCCCCCGGUGCCGCCGGACAAUCUCUUGGAGCGCUCAUCGCAGAACCUGAACGUGCACUGAAUGAUCUCCGGCUCGGUGGUCCUGGGAGCAAAAGGCCUAUCUACCUAUGGGACUGGCAGUGAGUGCUCUUACACUGCGUGUUCUGUGCCCAACAACAACAACUACUACUACUCAUGAUAAGUCAACAAUUGAUCCACACUACCUAUGCGACAGAGAUAGGAUUUCCUUUCCUAUCAACGAAGAGACUCAGAUGACUUUAUGUUACUAUCUAUCUGACUCUAGGCUUCCCCGGUGGAGAACAUGGAAUCUGAAUUGCAGCGACGCCUAUUGUCCAUCCCAGCCCUAUCAUCCUCUGCAGCCAGUCCGCCCGAGCGGAUGGUACCACUCUUACCUUUACAUAUAUCUUAAUAACUCCAUCAUCACCAAUCUUAUCCCCAACUCAGGGAUUCCGGCAAUCAUCAACGAAAAACUGACUAUGCACAAAACGACUUGGCUUCGGUUUCCCAGGCAGACCUGUGGCUGCAGCAGCCCCAACAUGACUGAUGAAACCCAUCUAAUCUGCAUGCGAAAACCCCGCCCAGAUUUUUCAAGUAGUUCCAGGAUAUUGUAUUGGAGAUCUCAUAGUAUGAGUUUACCGCUAAGGGCAUAAAUAUAAAUAUCGACAAGCUUGAUGCAUAGAGAAGAGUAUGUGCCGUAUAUUGACAUUAUUUGAAGAAAGCAAGAUAUCUUUUCGAGGGGCAAACAGCCAAGAGAGCCUAGCCUGUAAGGGACUAGCUAAAAACAAGCAGUGUUUAUCAACACAUCACCGCGUCGCGAACCAAACCAAAUUAAAAAAAAAAAAACACUGGUGCAUCGCAUGAGCAUGUGCCGAAGCUGACUGGCUAAAGCUCCAAGUCAGGAGUGACUGUGUUACACCCCUCAUGCCAAGACCAGCCAGCCAGCCAGCCUGCCAGCCUGCCAGCCACGUCAACUCUUGGAUGGAUGGGUCGGUUCAGUAUUAGCUACUUAUG